AUGGCCUUCAAAACCAUGGAUCACGAUUUCUCAUAUUCACAGUUCGCGUGGGACGAACAAGAGAACUACCAGCCGUGCAUAAAGCUCUCCUUCUUCUUCCGUAAAUCUCCCACCGUAACCGACGCCUUCUUCCAAAAGCACUACAACCACAUUCACUCAGAUCUCACCGUCGCCUGCAAGAAGUUUCAUGCCGUCAAGAUAGCCCGCUACGUCCAACUCUACCAAUCACCCGGCUUGAAAGGAAAAUUGAAGGAACUGGGCAUGGACGUACUAGAAUACGACGCGUGCAGUCAGAUCUGGGUUAGGAAAUGGGAAGAUUGGGAGGCGUUUGCGGGGAGCGACGAGUACCGAGCUGCGCUCAUGCCGGAUGCGGAGAAGUUCAUGAAUUUGGAGAAGGGGAUUCAGGUCAUGGCCGGGUAA